UGGACAGGCUACAAGUCAUUAGAGUUUAGAUACAGUUAGUGAUCGACACAUGGAGAUGGAACGAACCUGUUUUCAACUCUUGCUGUUGAGUACACUGGUAUACUGUAGCCUCGGACAAGGUGGAGAUCUCUCUCCUCCAGCGUCUCUGAGCGUCAGUCCUGACAGAUCUCAGUUCUUUAAAUUUGAGUCUGUCUCUCUGAGCUGUGAGGUUCAGGGGAACUCUGCUGGAUGGAGAGUGAUGAGGAACGCAUCGAGAGGAAUCCUUUCAGAGUGUAAUACUGACUGGGGAAAACAACAGGGGUCUUCAUGCAACGUGUCACUAACACCAUCAGACAGUGGAGUGUACUGGUGUGAGUCUGGGUCUGGAGAACACAGCAAUGCUGUCAACAUCACAGUACCUGUUGGUGCUGUGAUCCUGGAGAGCCCUGCCCUUCCUGUGACUGAGGGAGAUUAUGUGACUCUGCGCUGCAGAUAUCAGGGAACUCCCUCUGACCUCACAGCUGGUUUCUACAAAGAUGGAUCCCUCAUCAGGACUGAGACUACAGGAGAGAUGACCAUCCCUGCAGUAGCCAAGUCAGAUGAAGGACUCUACAAGUGUACCAACUCUGAAGGAGAAUCACCAGAGAGCUGGAUGACAGUGACAGCUACCACCCCCCGCCCACCCACCCCAUCCUCCUCUCCUCCCAAAGCCCUCCCCAACUCCCCCCCCCCCACUCUCCUCCUCCCUCUGUCUGUCUCUGGGUUGGUGGCUGCUCUCUCCAUCUCUCUGAUCAUUCUACUGGUCCUGUUCUGCAAGAGGAACAAAGAUGUAGCAGCUGAACCCAGAGAUGUUACGUAUGCUGACGUUAGAAUCAUACAGGAACCAGAAUCCAGGAGAAGGAGAGAGAAGUCUCCAGGAGCUGAUCGAGUCGACUCUGCAGUGAAGACUGUAGUACUGUAUAAGACUCUAACAUACAGCCAUGUAUAAUGAGUAUUCAACACCACAGUGACCCUGUUCAUCAGAACGUCAUGGUGGAAGGAAAAAUAUGCUCUCUUCAGCAGCGGUGAAUAACCACAACCCUGUCAGUCCAUCUCUUAACUUCUCCUUUCUCUUAUCUUCUCUCUCCCUCCUUCCUUUUUCACACCAACGGACUUAUCUUUAGACACUGCAGCCUUGACCUCCAUCAACAGCUUCAGCAACAGAGAGGUGCGAAGUUUCCACAACACAGUUAGAGUUAGUUUAUCAUGAGAACAUACAGACACCACUGACUGGAACCAGCUGACAGUAUCAGUUGUAAAGACGUCAUUACUACUAACAGAAGGAAAGUUGUAGUGUUGUGUCCAUGAUGAAUGAUGUGAAGGCUUCAAUGUGUUUUAUAUUCUAAUUGUUUAUGUAAAAUUGUAAAUUGCAUUUUACUUGAAUGUUAUUGUGUGUUUAUCUUGAGCAACACCAGUUUAUGGUGCCAACUUGCCAAAUAAAGCUUCCAUGACCUGUCCACUAGA